GGACUUUGAACGCCUCCUUUGGAGCAUGCGCAGUGCUCUGAAGACAUUCUGUCACGUGUGAACACAAACAUUGUUCUGCUCCUCCUUGCCCCAAAGUUUAGUCUUUCUGUUCAGUCCAGUUAUAAAAAGGGGCAGCGUCAGUAGUUUCAUUUGAACUUUAAGUAAAAAUAUUGUCACUUUAGUUCCGGUGUGUUUGCAGGUUUGUGUUCCGGCGCGCUUUCCUGAAUGGCGUCAACAGAGUGGAUGGCAUGUUGUAGUAACAUCAUUCUGUCCACCACAGCUUUAUACUUUUCACGCAAACUCUUCAAGGAUCACAGGGGCCCCUCAAUAGGCCUCUUCCUGCUUGGUCUCUCUGCCACGCUUUGGGUCCUCCUGCCUUCAAGCUCACACCUGGCCUCUCUCAAAAAGCAAGCCACUUGGGCUGGGGAGGUGCUGGCACCAGUGCUGGUUGCUUUUGAAUUCCUGUGGCUCAGCGAGGAUCACGGCACCGCAUGGACCCUCCUGAUUGGCUCCUGUCUGCUACUGGGACUCUCAGACUGGCUGUCGGCUGAAACUCUAACUGUGUUGACUCGCUGCCUGGGUCUGUCGUCUCUGUCCUGCUGCCUGAUGGUGUGUCUGUUUGCUGGUAAUGUUUUGGGUGCUGUAGGAGGUGUAGCCCUCAGUUUGCCAUUACUCAUGGAGCAGCAGGUAGAAACCACUGUUGCUGCUCCACUUGUGUCUCCAGCUGCGACAGAAGGACUCGUGAAGUGGCUUUUAAACGCUUUGCUGUCAGUGGGCUGCUGGGCGUCCACACGAGCUCUGGGACAGUUUCUGUUGGACAUUAGUGAUCGAUUUAACAUUUGAACCGGAGAAACUCCAUGUUUUUGCACAGAGCUAAGAACUUAACAGGAAAAAUGUCUAACAUUUAUUCAGAAAAUCCUUUAAUACCAAAUAUUUAACUAUUUGAUAACGUCACAAAUUAGGGGGUUUGCAAUUUUUCUGUUAGCCAUGAAGGGACAUUUUUACACAACAAAUAACCGAGGAACUUUAAUCUCCUUUGUCUUAAAAAUGGUGAACAUUUUCCCAAAAUUAAGACAUAAGCUAAACAUUUAAUGAUGUGCCAAUUAGUAGAAUUCAACAAGGGUUUAUUAAUGUAAAGGAAAUGCUAACUGUAAUGAUAAAGAGGCAUUACAGCAGGAUGAUGAUCCUUGACAGGUAAGGUGAACCCCUUAGUCAGCACAAAAGGAAGAGAAAAAAUCAUAUGUCAUAAACAGGCAGAAAACCACAGAGUAUGAACCACCUCCAGAUUGGUGGAGUGGCUGAUUACACCUCAGUUACCAGGGUGACCACUUCAUAAGACCUUGAAGAAUGAAGAAUCACCAGCAAAACACAUAAUUGGAAGAGUACAAUUCAAUUAGGACUACAUAGAAUCCCAUCAAAAGAGUCUGCAAAAGAAUCCGUGGUGUAUUACACAACUUUUUUUAUUGAAACAAGGGCCUUUUUUUCCUUUCUUAAGGUUUACAUUUUGCAGUGUUUAUGGAUUAAUAGAAAGCAGGAAGUGAGAAACCUGUGAGCAAACACAUUAGCUUUGAGAUGAUUCAGCAGGGAAAACACUAAUAAAUUUUAGUUGGAUUGCUUUGAACAAAUGACUUGUGUGUUGACUUAAAUGUCAAAUAUUUCAUUCCAAAUAAAGUGGCACAGGAAGCGUUGCACAUUUCUUUGUGGUAAUUUUAUUUCCUGCUUAUUAAAGCUGAAACUUUU